AUCGAUCUCUGUAGUUGCACUUACCGUCAGUUGACAAUCAGAGAUAAUGAAAGCCUUACUACUAUUAGUUUGCUGCCUGGCAAUCGCCUCCUCGUCCGAGGCCAAAACAUUCCCGGGAUCCAAUCUACGGGCACCGGACAAUUUUCAUCUGACAAUUACCGAAGGAUUGCUCGAAGAGCUGAAGAAACUUUUGGACUACCUUGCCAAAGCCGCUUUGGACGCCGUUCAUGACCUGAAGCAGAAUGUGGACAAGCUGAUAAGCGAUGCUUCCCAGAAGGCCGAAGAUUUGCUGCAGUUGGCCAACGAAAGCAUCAACGAGUAUCUACAGGAAGCGAAGCAGAAUCUUACUGUGCUGGGGUCACAAGUGGCGGAAUGUGUGGUGCCGGCCACUACAGAAUUAGAGAAAAUCGCGGCCCAUUCCUAUGAGAAUACGAAAAAGUGCUACGAUGAUCUGGUAACUCGGGUCAGAAUCCUGACGGACAACGUGGAGGAACACGUGGACUACGAGAUAAAGAAGGUGGCAGAAAUUCAACACAUCGGAGUGGACUGUAUGGUGCAGAAUCCUAAGCUGGUGGAUCAAGUGAAGUGUAUUCUGGAUCAUAUCGAGGAAUCUAAUGCAAUUGUGAAGGACAUCAUCAGCGAUGUGGGAAAGCUGACUUCUGAGACCACUCGUGAAAUAGUUUCGUUGAGUAAUGAUACCAGAGGCUGUCUUCUGGACGUGAUUCGCAUGUCGCGAAACGAAGUCGAUAAAGUAAUUGCCGAAGUGCUGCAAUGUAUGAAAGAGUCGAACUCAGUGGAAGAUGUUGAGUAGAACGACUGGAUAAUAAAAAUACGCUUGGAUAUUUCUUUUUAGUUCAUUGAAUUCAUAAUCAGAAAUCUUUUUUAUAAUAAAAUUUAUAAUUGGUAUGUUGGUAUCAACCUGUCCCAUGGA